GUCAGGCUGAGCUUCCGUGUUUACACACACACAAAAAAACAGGACACUAGUGGCCGUCAGACGAAUGUUUACCGAGCAGACAUAGAGUGGUGGUGAGGAAAGUGACAGUCACAUUGGAGGCUUGGUGUAUGGUGAAACACAGGUGAUUUCAGCUUCCACGGUUGCAUUUUACAGCGGAAUGUUCACUCGAAGGGGGCAUGGAGACGUCAAGAAAUCUACACAGAAAGUUCUGGACCCAAAGAAGGAUGUACUGACCCGGCUCAAACACCUCCGGUCACUGUUAGAUAUCAUUGACAAGAGUGAACUGAAGGCGUUCUUUGAAAGCAACUGUUCUCAGAUUUAUUUCAUCUUCUAUGAAAACUUCAUUACACUGGAAAGCAACUUAAAACAAAAAGGGAACAAAUCUCAAAGGGAGGAGCUGGACUCUAUCCUCUUUAUUUUUGAAAAAAUUCUACAACACCUGCCUGAGAAAAUCUACAACCGAUGGCAGUUUCACAGUAUAGGUUCUAUUCUGAAAAAGCUUCUACACACUGGAAAUUCAUUCAAGAUCCGCUGUGAGGGGAUCCGUCUCUUCCUGCUGUGGCUGCAGACACUAAGGGACAACUGUGCUGAGGAGCAAUUCCUUAUCUUUGCCUGUCUGGUGCCAGGAUUCCCUGCUGUGCCCUCCUCCAGAGGGCCCUGUACCCUGGACACCAUCAUUUACAACCCCUUCUCCAACCCACCAGAUGCCAAGGUGGUGCCUGAAGAGAUUACCCCCCUGCUUCCAGCUGUGGUAGGAGAAAAGGUUGCAGAUGACCCGACCUGUUACAUCCUCGAAACCCUGCUCAAGUACAUGGUCAUCCAGGCAUCCAGCUUAGAAUGGAGAAACAAAGAAAACCAGGACACAGGCUUCAGGUUUCUCUUCAGCCUUUUCAAGAAGUACUAUCUUCCACAUAUAUUUCCUUCCUUCACCAAGCUUACCAAUCUCUACAAGCCUUUAUUAGACCUCCCCCACCACAGACCAAAACCCUUGUAUGUUCCAGUGACGCGGAACAAUGAGAGCACCUUCUGCACCAGGGACCAGUACCUGGCACCCCGUGUGGCCUUCAUCACCUGGCUGGUCACCUUCUUCCUGGAGAAGAAGUAUGUCAGCAGUGCUGCUGUGGCGCCGAGCGCCAAGAACGGCACCGAGGUCCUCCCCAAACUUAUCCAGACUGUCACUGCGGGCAGUAGCAGCCAGGAGAAGGAGAAGGAGAAGGAUAAGACAUCAGAUGGGGAUAUGAACGGGCCAGCGGGGGAGCCUGAGAAGAGCCACUCCAACAGCAGCACGCUGUCAGAUCGACGGCACAGCGAUUCCAGUUUGUGUAGCAUUGAGGAGGAGCACCGCUAUGUUUAUGAUAUGGUGCAUGCCAUCCUGCUGUCCACCAGAGACAAUGUGAAUUUUGUCAACGAGGUCUUCCACCAGGCCUUCCUGCUGCCGUCUUGUGAAGCAUCAGCAACCAGGAAGGUUAUCAAAGUGUACAGGAAGUGGAUCCUGCAGGACAAGCCUGACUUCAUGACAGAGCCCGAGACAACUACCCAGAAAGAUGAGGUGGAUGACCGCUCUGAACAGAUACUCAGCAUGGAGACUGACAGCAUGCACGUACAGGCGGUCGAGAGUCACGGCCACAGACGGUCGUCCAGCUGGGGGAGGACUUACUCGUUUAGCAGCGCCAUCAAUCGGGGGUUUCUCACAGAGGGGCAGAACAGGGACGUCAAGGCUGGUAUCCAGCCCACACUACAGGUGUUCCUGACCAACUCAUCCAAUGUUUUCCUGUUGGAGCCAUGCCAGGAUGUAGCUAAACUCCUGGAAAACCAGGUUGAGGUGUGCAAGGGUGUUCUCAGCAUCUACCGGCACAUGAUCAUGGAGCACACAAUGAAUACACAGACAUGGGAGCAGAUGCUGCAGGUACUGCUGAGGAUCACAGAGGCAGUGAUGAAGAGGCCACUGGAAAACCAAAGAAAAGACAACUUUGCUGAAGGUUUAGCAUCAAUACUUUUUAGGACCAUCAUUGUGGCGUGGGUGCGAGCCAACCUGUGCGUAUUUAUCUCCCGGGAGCUAUGGGACGAGCUGCUGGCAGUGCUGUCCUCUCUUACCUGCUGGGAAGAGCUGGUGACAGAGUGGGCCAGCAUCAUGGACUCGCUGACGGCUGUGCUGGCACGCUCGGUUUAUGGCCUGGACAUGGCCAACCUGCCUCUGGACAAACUCAGCGAACAGAAGGAGAAAAAGCAGAGAGGACGUGGUGUGAUCCAGGACUCCCAGAAAGCAGCGGCAGUGGCGCGUUCCUUCUCACUGAGUUGGAGGAACCAAGGUGAGCAGGGCGGGCCAGGAGUUCAGGAGCCCAUGAGGAUUCGCUCCGCCACUACUUCAGGAGCUCCUGGUGUAGAGACAGCCCGUAACAACGUCCGACAGAAGGCCUCUGCUAAGCGAAGCCAGUCCAUCAGCAACUGUGUUCAUCUAUACGAGGCUUUGCCCGCUGCUAAAAGCGUUCCUAUGCUGCUCCACACUGUGAGCUCUUUCUUGCCUGGUAUCUCUUCUGGUAACUCUGCUUGUUCUCACAGACUCUCAGAUGUGGAGGAGUGUCAGCUGUCAGAAUGUGGGGGAGAGGAGGAGCUGGGAGGCGGGGAUAGCCCUCUGCCACGUAGCAGCAGCACCUCUGACAUCACCCAACAACUGUCUGACACUUUACCAGCCCAGAAGAGAGAGUACUCCCCUACUUCCUGUGGCUCUGAUAGCAGGAUGUCUGAGGGAAGGAGAGAGAGCAACGAGCCACCAGUGAUCCUCAUCCGGCGGAGCAGCAGUCCAGUGGAGACGGAGUGCAAUGCUGAGGGACACACAAACUACACAAGACCCAAGCUCAGAGAGAAAAGUGAGAGCAUAAGUAGUGAGACGUCCAACGGCUACCUCAAUGAAGCUGAGGUUACCUGGCAGGCCUUUGAUGAGGAAGCUGACACUCAGUCCACACAGUCAGCCCACAUGGACGUGACUACCGACCCCCAGAGCCAGGGGAGUCUGCUGCUCAGCCAUAAUGAGGCUUUAGCAGGUCCUGAGUGUGCCCUCCCUCCCCACUCUGCACCCCCGUCUUACCACCACCACAACCACUACCACUACCCCCAGAACCCGCCCGCCUCACCAGCCCUGCUGGUGCACACAGAGUGCCCACGGGACUGCCCCCUGGAUGACACCAUGCAUCAGUCUGUCUUACACAUGCCACACCACUUGGACAGUAGUGAGUGUCUGGCUGAUGAUGUCAGCAUAAUUGCGGGUGGGACCCUGACUGGCUGGCAUGCUGAUUCGGCCUUCGUCCUGUGGAGGAGAAUUUUGGGUAUCCUGGGAGAUGUCAACAGCAUCCGCUGCCCAAAAAUCCAUGCCAAGGUCUUCUUCUGUCUUUACGAGCUCUGGCACAAGCUGGCCAAGAUCCGGGACAAUCUCGGGAUCAGUGUGGACAACCAGUCUUCUCCUCCCCAGCCCACCUUCAUCCCUCCUCUUCGAAUGCUGGCCUCCUGGCUCUUUAGGGCCACCAUGCUUCCAGCUGAGUACAAAGCUGGCAAGCUGCAGGCCUACAAGCUGAUCUGUGAGAUGAUGACCAGGCACCAGGAUGUGUUCCCCAACAGUGAUUUCUUGGUGCACCUCUACCACAUCAUGCACAAGGGCAUCACCAGCGAAGACCAGGAUGUUUUGAACACCAUCAUUCGUUCCUGCUCUCCUCGUUUCUUCUUCCUCGGUCUGCCGGGCUUCACCAUGCUUGUUGGAGAUUUCAUCACUGCUGCGGCCCGCGUUCUCAGCUCUGACUCCUCAGAGGCUCCAAGGAUGGAGGCUCAGACAAUACUGGGCUCCCUCGUGUGUUUCCCCAACCUUUACCUCCAGAUUCCUAUACUGCAGCAUGUGCCUGGCUCUGAUGACAUCAUUUUAGGCAAUGAGGAUAUCAAGGAUUAUCUGGUUAACAUCCUGCUAGAGACGGCAACAAAGGAACACUGUGAAGGGGCCAGAUGCAUUGCUGUGUGCAGUCUUGGUCUGUGGGUGUGUGAGGAGCUCAUGCAGAAGAACAUCCACCACCGAGUGAAAGAUGCCAUCAAUAUUCUGGGAGUAACACUGAAGUUUGGAAACAAAGCAGUGGCUCAAGUGGCCUGUGACGUGUUUCAGCUGCUCAUCUCUCACUGGGAACAUCUCCAGAGGUUGGAGCCCACUCUGCCUAAGAAAAUAAUUGAGAUCUUUGUGGCUACAAUAGCCUUUUUGUUGCCUAGCGCAGAGCACUCAACAGUGGAAGCAGACAAAAAGUUGAUGGUGUCACUGCUGCUCUGCCUGUUGGACUGGUGCAUGGCCGUUCCCCUGAGUCUGCUGCUGGAGCCCAUCACCAUGCCUUCGCUGGAGGACCGCACAUCCCACAAGGCCCCGCUGCUGGACUAUAUAUACAGGGUGCUGCACUGCUGUGUGUCCGGCUCCAACCUGCACACCCAACAGAGCCACUACCUCCUCAGCCUGUCAGACUUGUCCACUGACUAUGACCUCAUGUUGGGUCAGGUUAAGAGCUUCGAGCCACUACACUCCCAGACAACCACCACCGACUUCGGCAACCUGCUCACUGUAGCUGAGGAAAAGCGACGCCGGAACAUGGAGCUGAUUCCCCUGACAGCACGUAUGAUCAUGACACACCUGGUGAACCAUCUGGGCCAUCAUCCGCUGAGCGGUGGCCCAGCCCUUCUCCAUAGCCUUGUGAGCGAGAACCACGACAACCCGUAUGUGGAGUCAUCCGAGCUGUCCUCCGAGGUCUUCAAAAGCCCCAACCUGCAGCUGUUUGUCUUCAAUGACAGCACGCUAGUGUCCUACCUGCAGAUCCCAUCAGAGACCCCCACUGUCGGACAGCCCCCCAAACCUUCCUCCCAAGUGCGUGUAAUUGUCCGGGACAUCUCGGGCAAAUACUCGUGGGAUGGCGCAAUCCUCUAUUGCACAACCCAGGAAGACUCUCUUGAUGCAGGAGUUUUUAAUGCAGUUGAUCGCCCUCUUUCUACUACUUCUACUACUGUUGCUCACAGCAGAAACCAGCCCAACUCUCCAACAAAGGGAGCGUACAAAAAGCACUGCUCCGUCUUGGACUCCCUCUCUGACUGCUGUGAAGAGGAAGAGAUAGAUAUUCUGAAUACACUUUUGGAGGACUUAGGCCAAAGCAGCCCAGAAUGCCUGCCCCAGCCACAACUCAGGCUCAACCAGCCAGCCCCCUCACCCCAUGGCAUGGACCUAGAGCAAGAGAGCGCCAUCCUGGAGGCCAUUCUGCGUCAGACUCAGCAGGAGGAAGAGCAAGUAAGGAGGUGGGAUGCUGAUGUAAGCUUUCGGGCAGCCUGCCAGAGGGAACCUUCCCACCAGGAACCAAAAGCUCCUUUCUACUUCUGCCGGCUGCUGCUUAAUGACCUUGGCAUGAACUCUUGGGACCGCAGGAAAAGUUUCCAUUUGUUGAAGAAAAACUUCAAACUCUUAAGGGAACUGAAGAACUUGGAUUCCAGGAAGUGUCGAGAGACACACAAGAUUGCUGUGUUCUACAUUGGAGAGGGCCAAGAAGACAAGUGCUCCAUCUUGUCGAACAGCGCAGGCAGCCAGGCCUAUGAAGACUUUGUUUCUGGACUGGGAUGGGAGGUGGAUCUGGCCACACACUGCGGUUUUAUGGGUGGCCUCCAGAGGAAUGGCAGCACGGGUCUAACGGCUCCUUACUAUGCUACCUCCACCGUGGAAGCCAUCUUCCACGUCUCCACUCGUAUGCCAUCAGAUUCUGAUGACUGCCUCACAAAAAAGUUGCGUCACCUGGGAAAUGACGAGGUGCACAUAGUGUGGUCAGAGCACACCAGGGACUACAGACGUGGUAUCAUCCCAACUGACUUUGGAGACGUGCUGAUUAUCAUCUACCCAAUGAAGAACCACAUGUAUUUCAUCCAGAUCAUGAAGAAACCACAGGUUCCUUUCUUCGGGCCUCUGUUUAAUGGCGCCAUCAUCACUGGGAUGCUGCUGCCAAGCUUGGUGCGGGCCACCUGUAUCAACGCCAGCAGAGCUGUUAAGUCCCGGCUGACUCUCUACCAGAGCUUCUAUGAGGAGCGGGCUCUCUACUUGGAGGCCAUUGUUCAGAACCACAGAGAGGUCAUGACCUUCGAAGACUUUGCCUCACAGGUCUUCUCCCCCUCUCCUGGCUAUCCAAUGAGUGGGACAGCGUGCAGGCGUUGGCCGGGGAUGGUUUGGGACAUGGAGUACCCCUGGGCCAAACUGGACUAUUAAAAAUAUCUUAAAGGUCCAAAUACUGUAUAUGGCAAAGGCUCCUUCACCGGCAGCGCGAGCACCGAAGCCGGAAACACCACAGGAACAACAGAUAAUGCCGACCAGGUUUCUCCCACAAUGCCUCGUGCCACAAAGAACCGAGUUUCCGGAAAACUCCGCCGAUCAGCCAGCGCUAUAAGCAAAUCCUCCAACUGAGCUCUUCAACCCGCCCCCCAAGUGCAGCCUUUAAUCUUUUCUUGAAGAACAUCACACACCCAGCCGUGACUGCAAGAGUUUCUUUCUUUUUUUGGUGUUUUAUUUUGUGUCAUAUAAACAUUCAACUGGAGCAUAUUGCAAUUUUUUAUUUAAGUGGCAAUCAUUGAUUUCAUUGAUACAUUUCCAUUUGUUGUGGGGUUUAACUGCUUAAUCGAGAUGGACUUGUGACUGAGCUAUUUAUGUUCACCCUGGUGGUUUCAGCUUAAGAGUCAGAAGCGUAGGAAGACUUGACUCAGAAGUCUUAAUGCAACCUGUGAUUAAAAUGUCAUUUUUAUUCUCAUUUUCUAGUGCAGUCUUGAUGCACUAGAAAAAAAAAAAAACGUUCUUACUAUAGUACGGAAUGGAUCUGCUUCACCGUUUCUGUAUCAUCUAUUUCAAAACUUAAUGUGACAAAGCACUGAAUGACACAGCUGUAAAUGGCAUCAUGCUAAAACUGCACAAGAGAUUGGUAUCCAUUUAUAAAUGUGUCUGCCUUUUUUACCUCCACCUGCACCUGCCACAACCUUUCCGUGUCAAAGAUAACCACUUCAGUUGGUGACAGGAUGAUGUUGUUGUCCUGCUCAUUAGCACCAGUUUGGACCAUGUUCAUGGACCAUCUCCCUUACACUGAAAAAGGAGAAGAGACUGAUUCAUGGGGAAUACCUCCCCAGAAUGAUUUGUACUCAAUGCACUACUACUCAGACUUCCUGGGCACGGAGUCCCUGCAGUAUGUGCAGUCAGAGGCUUUUUAAUUGUUUUGAACCCAGAGUGGACAAUCAAUGACGUCUUUCUGACUUUAGCUGAAUGGAAAUUUGUUUGAGUUUUCUUUAUCACUUUUCAUUUUUAAAUGAAUUCCGAUGGAUUGUGUCAUGAUUUGAUUUAUGCAACUCUGCUGGAAUGAGGAAAGACUGCGUUUGUAAUUGUUUUCUGAUGUCGUUAACAUAGGCUCAUGUCCCAGUAAUUGAAUAAGUUCCUUCUGUCUCUUUCCUCUGCUAUCAGUUUCCCUGUGCUGUGAAGUUAAAGACAUCGACAUUCCAAUGUUCCCGAGCAACAUUUUCUUUUUGCACUCACUGUCAUUGAUUUAACUAACAUUGAAUGUUUCUCUUUGUUCAUGGAUGUAAAUUGAUUUAAAUUUUAUUUUUCUGUUUCCUAAAUGUAUAUAGAAAGGACUAUUUGAUGAGUUAUUUUUGCUGUUGUGUUAUGUAUUCAUGUGCUGUUUAGAGGAAAAGUACCGCCAGAGCCUCAGGUGAAUCUUAACUACAUGCACUGGCGUGCGUGCCUGCGUGCAGGCGUGCGUGGGGGCUUCUCACAGACAGUGCCUGUGUAAUGUCUGUCCUCCAAGAUGCUGCCCAACACCACCUCCACUCCUGAUAAUCAGAUUUUAGUUUCUCCUCUUCAGAGUCUGAGACAAACCAUGGACACCUUGCAUCACAUGCCCAUGUUAGCAGUCUAAAACAAAGUUUUUUCCCUCCCGUGUGUCUCUAAAGGUCAGUGUCUUGUGCUUUCCACAAAAACAGAUGGAUUUGGGAAUUGUGGGGUUCUCCGUUUAGUCUUAAUAACAGGUGGUGUGCUGCUCUGUCUUUAUCUGGGAAUGGAAUCAAGUGGCACCAACUCGUCCUGUUCCCCCUUUCCCGAUGGCAAUAGGAAGGGGGGGGGGUAGUUCUGGGUUUAGGUGGCAUGCCAGAGCUGAACUCUAACAGCCCUAUUAGCAACAGCCAGGCCAGCACUCUCACUUGUCCAACCUACCCGCUCGAGGUUGUCAUGGUAGCCAGGUGUUACACACACACACACACACACACACACACACACACACACUAUAUACUCACACCCUCUGAGGGCUCCACCCAAGCUGCAACACUAUACCCAUCUGUUGCACUACUAUGCCUUACUUUCCCCCAUGCUCUCCUGUCAUUUUUCUUCCUUCCCUCACAUGUCUCCUUCUUUUGUUUGUUCAUUCCCCGAGCAGAAAAUGGGCAAUCCAAACAGCAGAAGGAUUAACAGAUCCAUUUUUUUUGUGUCCUUUUUUUGUGUGAAGAAUGUAUAGAUAUAUAUAUAGUCCUGGAUACCAUCUAUGGUUUUUAUUUUUCCCCCAAAGCCACUUGAAGGAACCGCCCAGGAUGCUGAUCUUAAAGAUUGUAGGCUUUAGAUGAUGUCUUUUGAAAGGGGUCUGUGCUCCCCCUUUGGUGAUGUUAGUUUGGUCCAAGAAAAGGAUUGUGUGUCUUAUACACGUAAAGAAAAUGAGCUAGUGGUAUACCUAGUAUGUUCUUUUCUUCUUGUUUUUGAAAUCCUUGUACAUUGUGUCAAACUUGAGGGCUUCAGCGCCUUCUGAAUAUAAAUAUAUUAAUGCCUGUAAUAUAAUCUUUGUAUAAGAGAAAGAGAGGGAAAAAAAAGCUUGAAGAUUUCAUCAUUACUUGUCAACAUAUCAAACUGUUUUUAACGACCGAAGUCCUGCUAUCUUUAUUAGAAAUGUGAAAAUUGAAACAUUUCAUUAAAUCAAUUUGAAAUUCUAA